CCCACGCUUUGUAGCGGACGUAGGCCCGAGGUCACAAUAGAGCUGGGCCUGCUUGAGGCGACAUUGCUCGAUAUGCUCCCGCUAUGCGAUCGAGCCACGGUACCUGGUAAUCGUGAAGUCGCAUUACUUUGAGAGGGUGAGAAGGGCAGCUGUGUCCCCGAACGUUGAGACGAAGAUGGUAAAGAAUGUGAGGUCGCCAUAGCCGAAGAAUAUACAGCGAACGACGCUAGCUAGGCCUGCAGAUGGCAAGCCGCACAACCGAGGUCUUAAAGCGUUGGAUCCUGCACAGCAAGACGAAUUUGGCGAAGAAUAUAAAGAACAAGGGAGCUGCUGACAGAAAGCAAGGCGCAGUUCUACGGAGUGGUCCGGCAGAGGGUGAUGCCAAAGGGUUGGUAUCCACAAGGCAGAUAGGACAGCUACCAACUAACUGCUGCACGCGGUUGGCGGGAGGCUGAGCAGCACGUCGAAGGCUGCAGCAGCAGAGCAAGUUAUGAGGAAGCAAUAGACCGAGC